AUGGUAGUCAUAUACUUGGGAAAGAAGGUUUACCGGUCGAUCAAGCGUUCGACAUCGACGCCGGCAACCGAAAAAGGAACCUAUCGUGAUGACAAUGGCUCAGCGACACAAGUCACAAAAGCGAGCGCGUCAACAUGCGACCAUCAACAUGACCCUGCCACUGGGCCGUGUCCGACAUGCAAGUCUGCCCGGCGAGCGCAACGCAUAUACAGAUGCAGGCUCUUCGCCGGCCUGAUACUCCCCUUCGUCUUACAAGCCCUGGACGUCACGAUUAUCGCAAGUGCACUGCCCUGGAUCGCAGCCGACUUCCACGAGACCGGCCAGCUCAACUGGAUCAUCGCCGCCUUCAACCUCACGUCCGCGGCCUUCAUCCCUUUCUGGGGCCAGAUGGCCGACAUCUUUGGGCGCCACGUCUCGAUGCAGGCCUGUCUAGUGCUGAUGCUCGUGGGCAGCGCGCUCUGCACCGGCGCGCCCGUCACCGCCUUCCCCGUCCUCCUGCUCGGUCGCGCAUUCCAGGGCCUGGCCUGCGCCGGGCUGAACGUCCUGGUCCGCGUCAUCCUCGCCGACAAGGUGACGCUGCGCGAGAAUGCAAUGAACUGGUCCAUCUUCUCUUUUCUAGGCGGUGUCCUUGGAUGGGGCCUCGGUCCUGUCGUGGGAGGCUACAUCACCAGCGGGUCGUCCUGGCGGUGGUGCUUCGGAAUCAACCUGCCCAUCGCGUUCGUCAGCAUGCUCGCCAUCUACUUCGUCCUCCGGUCGGAGCUCCUGGGCCCCCAGCCGAUCCCCCAGCUCGACGAGACGACCGAUACCGGCCGACGGACGACGUUCGUAAAACGUCUCCAGACGAUCGACGUCGGGGGACAGGUCCUCUUCCUGUUCGGCCUCGGCUUGCUGAUCCUCGGCCUGACGUGGGGCGGCGCGACGUACUCCUGGACGAGCCCCGCCGUUCUUGCGACGCUUAUCCUCGGAGUCUUGAUCAGCGUCUCCUUUGUCGCCUGGGAGUACCACAUGGCCCCCGGCAUGGCCCUGGCUCGCCGAUUCCCGUGGCAGCAGGCCAUGAUUCCAUGGGAGCUGGUCCGCAAUAGGGACAUCGGUCUCCUAUUCUACACCUCGUUCGCCACCGGGAUGGCCAUGUACUCGGUGCUGUACUUCUGCAACAUCUACUUCACGAUAGUGAAGCUCAAGCCUGCGGAUCAGGCCGGCGUGCAGCUGCUGUACUUCGCUCCGGGUCUGGGAGUUGGCGUUUACAUGUCCACUUUCAUGUGCAACGCGUGGCCGCGCAAGACGUUCCCGCCCAUCUUCAUCGGGUCCGUUCUCGAGAUGAUAGGCGUCGGGCUGCUGGCCUGGGCCAUCAACACCGAGCACGACCCGACCGUCUACGGGAUGAUGGCCCUCACCGGGGUCGGCACCGGCCUACGCAUGAUGCCUGUCCAGCUCCACGGUAUCGGCUACUUCCCCAGGAAGAUCGCGGCCGUCAUCUCCCUCAUGGCCGUCGCCUACCCCUUUGGCGGGACCCUCGGCCUGACCAUCAUGACGACCGUCUUCAACAACACGUCGGGGAACGGCGACGGCUUUGGAACGCUCAAGGGCCUCCCCAACGCGGUACAGCAACGCUUCAUCCACGAGGCCAAGAUGGGCGUCGUCUGGGCCUUUGUCGCCAUCACCCCCUUUAUGAUUCUUUGCACUGUACUCGCUUCCUUGCUGGGCAACGUAUACAUCGGCAAGGCCGGCGACGGCGAUGGCGAGCAGAGCAACGCCAUAUACGAGGGCGUCUACAUCCUCAGCUGGUUCCGCAAGGGUGGUGCUGAGAAGAACAUCAAGACCCGGGAGCACCAGCCGGACGAGGAGGCGACUUUGUAG